AUGCUGCCAAAAUUAAUUCGCACAAUUUAUGCAGAUGGUUGUUGCCACGCUUUAGUAAUAAUUCAAAAAACGUGUAACCUUUUCAUUGGGAUUUAUUCACCAGUCAAAUGUACACUUUUACAGAACUUGACUUAUAUUUUUAAGGCUCAAACAAGAAGAAAAAAAACAAAUACAUUAUUAGAAUUCCUGUGGAAAUGGAGUGUGAAGUUGUCUGCUCUAGGUUGCAAAUACUUACAGUUAAUACAGUUGUUAGGUAAUCCAACAAACUGGCGCUCUCAAAUGAUUGACUUUGUGAAUCCGUUUGGAAUCAAUAUUUUCCAGCAUUUCGAUACUUCAAAUGCCCCUACGAUUAAAAAAGAGGAUUGGUUUUGUUCGUUUAACCGGAAGAAUGCAGUUCCAACUGUAUCAGCACAUUACUUCUUAAAACUUCUGAUAUAUUUGAAAAAUAUUUCUUGGGAUAACAGGGAUUUACGUUUAAUCCACUUUCCUUCCGAGGUUUUAUUUCGCGUUUCCGGCAUCAACAAUGAUAUUUAUGCAGAGGGUUCAAAAAGCUCAUAUAAUUUAACAAUAAAGGAAAAAUAG